UUGGGUCUCUUUACUCUUCCUGUUUUUGCAGUGUGUAUGCUGGUCUAUUUCCGUUUUUGCGUUUGAUUGAUUCUCGCAAAAUCUGGACGUGGUCCUCGAUCAUCAAAAGGGAAAGUUGAGUUCUGCAGUUUGAAUUGACUUUUGGUGUUUUGUGUUUGUUUGCUCUGUUGAGAUUUGAGCACCAAACCCUCCAUCUCCUUUCGGAUCUUGCUCAUUUCCCUCAUCUCAAUCACAUUUCCUUUCUUGCUGCCGGCGGUAGAGGAAGAUUGUGAAAGGGGUUAAGUGAAGAGAGAAGAAAGAAGUAGGUAGAUCUACUGUGAUUAGAUCUGGGCGUGGGAGUCUGACGAGGAAAUGUUGAGUGAUGUCCUUUCUUGCUGCCGGCGGUAGAGGAAGAUUGUGAAAGGGGUUAAGUGAAGAGAGAAGAAAGAAGUAGGUAGAUCUACUGUGAUUGGAUCUGGGCGUGGGAGUCUGACGAGGAAAUUUUGAGUGAUGGGGCUAGGCUGGAGGUGAGAAGAGGAGGUGAGAAGAGGAGAUGAGAAAAGGGAAGAGACAACGUGGAUGGGCAAUGGGUCACAGAUGGAGAAAAAAUUGGAAGAGGAAUAUCGUGGGUUCAGGAAGGUUGGUCACAACUGAGGAAGAGAAAAAGAAAGAGACUCGGUGGUGGCUGGUUUUCCAGAUUAGAGUUUGUUGGGAGGAGAAGAGGCCCUAAACUCCUCGCAGAAGUUAAUGUGCCGGUCCAGCACUUCCUCGGUGGAGAUGAUCGUGUGGGAUCUCUGCAGUAUGUCCUUGAGGCCGCAAAUUCAGCGGCCCUGAUAGCAUCCCUGGGCGCGGAGGAUGUAGGCGGAAGUGCAUUCCUCAGUGAAGCAGCAGCAAUGGCAUUUGAUGGGUUGGAUUUUGGUGGGAGGAGUGACUUCAGUUGACGGUGGCUGAGUCUCUGAGCUGGCAAAUGCCAUGGCUUGAGAUAGAACAUUGGAGAUUGGUGAAAAGGAAACAAAGGCGAGAAAGAGCAGCAGACAUCGGAGGGGAGGGUGGACAUUGAUAAGGCUAGCAUCAAGGGGAUCUGCCAUUUCAAAUAUGACAACACUAAGGUUUGUUCAAUAAUUGAUUUGUAGUGAAUUGAAUAAGUGCUAAUUUUCUUAUAAUCUGCAGUUCCAUAAGUAAUGUGACCUAAGGUAAUGUGGCAUUGGACUUUGCACACCCCCUUCCCCCAAGGUCUAUAUUGUUUGUCAUCUUUGUUUUGUUUCCUGUCUUAUUUUCAGUGCAGAUUUUUUUUACUAUAAAAGAUUUUGUUUUAA